CCUUCGUGCCUGUCGGGCGGUCCUGGCGCCGCCGCCGCCGCUCGGUGGGGUCUCGACGGGCGAGGCCAGCCGCCGCCGCCGCCACCAUCAUGAAGGAAUGCGAGUACCGGCAGAUUCCUCCGGGCACUCCGGCCGCGCCUCCUUCCGCCGAGCCGCCGGUGCCGGCGGCGGCCUCCGCAGCCACCAGCACGACGCUGGCGCACCGUCCCCGCCGCAAGUGGGAGGUCUUCCCCGGGCGCAACCGGUUCUACUGCGGCGGCCGCCUCAUGCUCGCCCGCCACAGCGGCGUCUUCCUCCUCACGCUCGGCCUCAUCGUGGUCACCAGCGGCCUCUUCUUCGCCUUCGAGUCUGUCUAUCACCGAGAUAUAAUUGCAUCAUAUUGCAUUGUUAUGAAUCCCAAGAGAAUCUGCAACAUAAAAGCUGUCCCUUCUUGGCUCGUAACCUGACCUUGGCCAUUCCUGUUAUUGCUGGCAUCCUGUUCUUUUUUGUCAUCAGCUCUUUGCUACAGACCAGCUUCAGAGAUCCUGGUAUCCUGCCCAGAGCCACCCCCAGUGAAGCUGCAGACCUGGAGAAAUGGAUUGACAAUCUGGGUACCUCCACUUAUCGGCCACCUGCUCGCACCAUGGAAGUAGUUAUAAACAAAUACAUGGUGAAGUUGAAAUACUGCUAUACAUGCAAAAUGUUCCGUCCUCCCAGGACUUCCCAUUGCAGUGUCUGUGACAACUGUGUAGAACGGUUUGAUCACCACUGCCCCUGGGUGGGCAACUGCGUGGGGAAGCGGAACUAUCGCUACUUCUAUGCCUUCAUCCUCUCGCUCUCCUUCCUGACAGCCUUCAUCUUUGCUUGUGUCAUCACACAUCUUGCCCUGCGCUCCCAGGGAAACGAUUUCCUUGCUGUUUUGAAAGCAACACCAGCAAGUGUUUUAGAGUUGGUGAUCUGCUUUUUCUCAGUCUGGUCUAUUUUUGGCCUCUCAGGGUUUCACACUUACUUAGUUGCCUCCAACUUGACGACCAAUGAGGAUCUGAAAGGGGCAUGGUCAAAUAAGAGAGGCUCUGAAUUUGCCAAUCCCUACAGCCAUAAAAGUGUCCUCACCAACUGCUGUGCAGUGCUCUGUGGACCAUUCUAUCCCAGUUUAAUAGACAGAAGAGGAUUUAUCCAGGCAGAUGCUGGGACCCCAUCCACUCCUAAGAGUGAAAUCCCUUCCUUUGGAACGAAAUCUGAUGCCAGCAUGUGUGUCCAGGGCACAAAAGAGCUUUUGAGGACCCUCUGCGCCUCGUGGCAAAACCCAAGGCGAACCCAAGAGGCCCUGUCUAAUAUCUGAAAGUACAGCCAUUGCCACCACCUGUGCCUCUCCACCCUCCAGGGCUAUCCAAUUUUUAUAUUGCUGCAUCUCUUCCCGCUUCAUGGCAAGCAUAGGGAGAUGCCACCAUGCACAAGGAAAAAGCUAUUCCAAACCCUUGAGGCCCGGAGGUGUUCCUGCCGUCUGUAGGGUUCGAAGCUUAAAGCCAUACAAGUCACCUGCUGUGAGUGCAAUAAUGAGCAUUCCUACUGUCCCCCGUACCUGGGGGGGAAACGGACUCCAGCAUCUAAGCACACCAAGGCCGUGGGAGGAUUCCUAUAUCUAGCCUUACUCUGCAGCAAAGAUGUCUCAAGGCUUCAAAGUUCCUGAGAGAGGUCUUUCUUCUUCCCCAGCCCCAGUGCACUUGUCUUGUUGAGAGUCGGUGUGGUGUCUGUAGCUGCAGCAAAGCAGGCCCUGUUAAGAGUAUGUUUACCCUAGCAUUUAAUGUACUUCUGUUUGGUCCAUUUAGUCAGAGUAUGCAUUUCUUCAUAUACAAUGUGGUGCACUAGAGCUAAUCUAGGCUCUGUGUGUGUGUGUGUGUGUGUGUGUGUGUGUGUGCGGUGUGAUUCCACAGGAAGGUAGGGAGACAAAUCACAAUGUGGUAAUGAAUGCAGAAUUCAACUUCCUGAAUUUUUUUUAAAUGUAAAGUCAGUUUUAAACUAUAGAUAUGAAGAUACGCUUUCCAGUGUGUGUGCAAUUUCUACUGAAAUCUCAGAAACCAGUUGGAUGGUGCAGACAGAUUUCCACAGCUUACCGUGGAAAUUCAGUGCUCAGUCUAGCUCUUCGCCUCCCUCCAUUACUGGCAAAAUCUGAAUUAUGCAAAUUUGUGAAAUGUGCUAUGUAAAAUAAGUCAACUUGCAUUCUGUACAGACACUGCACAAUUUAGCUGUCCUUGGUGCAGAAUUUUAAUGGUUUUGUUCAUUUUUCUUGAGCAAAUACGGGCUCCUGCGCCUGUUUCUGUCCUGGGCUACCAUGGGAGGAUCGUAGGGAUGUAGUUGCACCGCUGUUACAGCCUGCAAACUGGACCUUGCAGAGCUUGUGGAUUCAGGACUCGAGUUGUUUUUUUGGACUUCGUAUGAAGAGGGAAUAUGCAAAGUCCCUAGUUAGUUUGGAGUUAGUAUUUUCUAACCCUUAACUUGCUAAUAAGUUAGCCUGUUGCUGUUGUUGCUGUUGUUGCUGUUGCUGUUGUUGUCUUAGAAUUGCUCUAGAUUCCCCCUUUGCUCCUGGUCCUCCAAAAACAACUAACAGCAGUAUAUUGUGAUGUUCAUCUAAUUAUUCUGUGUAGAAUUCUGCCCUUGCCUUACCUACUUUAAGCCCAAGGAGCAGAGUAGAGAACUGGGAGAUUGUCAGGAGACUCUACAUAGAUUAUAAAACCAACCCCUUUGGUGCCCCGUAACUGUAAUUUCCUGGGGUUUGAACUCCAUCUAUGCCUCUCACUUUUGUAACAAUAAAAUCUCUCCUCUCCUACUCCAUGACUAUCUGGUUUCUGUGCUAAAUCAAUGUGAAUGUUUUCCUUAUGUUCAUUUGUACCUGUAGCUGUGAGUUUCCCUGUUCCUUUCUGAUGCUGGAGAACAGCGCUGUAUAUGUGCACACACAUGCAUACUCUGAAAUCCAGGAUGGGGUGUGGUUUUUCACGAUUUAACAAAGUGCUGUUUUUUUAGCCCUUAAUGCUGUAGUGGUUGGCUUGAAAGUGGUUGAGCUCAGCACCCAAAAAAGUAAAUAGGUGCAGGGAGUGCACUAUGCGCUGUAAAUUGGGACUCUUGGAUGCCGGAGCAGCUUUACAAUCCCAGUCCAGAUCACUUCCUUUACACAAUAAUUCAAAAACCCCUGGCUUUUGUCCUUUUUGACCAAAAAAGGGGAGGGGGUUGGUUUGGUGCAAUAAAUCUUGCAAAUUAGGGACUGGACUGGACUAUACAAUACUGGGAAAGAGCACACCUGGCUGACUGAAGCUCUGAAAAGGAGAAACACCCAUUGCAACAUCUGUGGCUGAACAACAUCCUAAAAUACAAGAGAAGCAGCAGUUGCAUAGAUCCAUAAAAUUUAGCAGAACAGAUAACAUUGCCAUUAAAAGCAUAGUUUCACUGCACUCUGAAAUGUCUGGGGAAAUAAAGUCUUUGUCUGGUGAUGAAAUGACAUUAAAGUUGGCACCAGGCAAGCUUCUCUGAGUAAAACAUCCCAUAGAUGGGGUACCGUGAUGAAAAAGAGCCUCUUUACAGUAAACCCUUUAACCAGAAUGCAGGACAGUAUUCUGUGAUCCGGCCAUUUGUUUGUGUAUGAGGAGUGUGAUCUUGGCGGUUUCAUUUCCAGUUCCUUUUCUAAUUAUGUCUAACAUGGAGUUUGUGUUGGUCACAACAGCCACACACUGGACUGACAUUUUAAUUCAGCUGUCCAAUGCAAUCCCAAGAAGUUUUUCUUGGUCAGUCACAACCCCUGGCUCAGAUCCUAUCCUUUUAUAUUGCAAGCAGGGUUCUUGCCUUAAGAGCUACCCUGAAUCUAUUUCUCAUCAACAUCUAGCAAUGCCCGGAAGCUUGAUCUUGGUCUGGAGAUCUGAAUGUCCCUCAAAAAUACUUCACUUUUAACUACCUGAAGAGCUGUGACCAUAAAAGAAGGCAAAGGCCUGGUUCUUUGCUGUUCCCGAGGGCAGGACUUGAUCCGAUGUGGGGCUGUAGAUUCCAGAUGAACAUUUGGCAACAUGUCGGAGCAGUUCAGGUUGGUGGGCUCUUCCUUCCUUGAGGUCUUCAAGCAGAAGCUGUUCAGAAGUCUCUACAUUCUAGCUCUGCAUUUUUUGCCUCAAGUUUGUGUGUGGUUGGACUAGAUAGCCAGCAAAGCACUCUUUGCAUCUGUGGUUCUAUUAAACCAGACAUCCUUCUGGAAAUGUUCUUGGAGGUGUCCAGGCAUGUUUUGAGUCUCCUCCUCUCUUUCUUCCACCACCAUAGGCAUCCCUCCUAAGCAAUCUCAGGGAGGCAUCCCCUCCUCCCAACCAGUUGAAAGGAGAGUCUGAGUUCCGGUCUGUGUCACUGGAUUAAGGUACUACAAAGGGGUUUAGCUCACACACCACUUGCAUAGACUAGGCGUGAGUCACUCUGAUGGAACAAUUCGCUGUCUAACUGGAGCAUCUGAUUUAUCGGCUCUGCCCCUCCCAUCCCAUGGCUAACCUGGGAUGUAUCAUCCACAUCCCCCAAAGCACUCCGUAGUACAAGGAAUUUGUCAUCGAGCUGGGCUCUUUCUCUACCCCACCCCUUCUUUUUGGCAAUGUCAGAAGAAAGAAUAAGUCUUCCUUUGACAAGUGGCAACAGGUUUCAUUCUGAGAGUGAAAUGUUAUUGUAGCUUUAUAUGGGCUGCUGCAGAAAGUGGCAAAGCACAGACGAGAAGGUACUGAAAAUAAUUGUUGAAGAGACUUUGUAAGGAGUGUGCAUAUGUAUGCAUAAAAACCUGGGUGGAAGUUACUGGUUGACCUGGAAUUCUAUUUGAAUCUGGAAGGUUUUGGGAGGUGGGGCUGGAAGAUUGCGGUAGGGUGUCUGCCUAUAAAUCAUAGAAAGAAAGAGGUGGGGGGGAGUGCUUGUCUGUGAUGUAUCAUGGCAGUUUCACAUAAGACGACAGUCAUCAACUGAGCAGAUGCCUACGCUCACAUAUACACAUCUCUCAAAGGGAGAGUCCAAUCUUUCCCAUCAAACAGCAAAGUAACUAUUAGGUGUGGGAAAUGCUUUUGGAGGCUUUUUAAAGAAAAAAAAUCAACAAGCUCAGUUCACUUGAGUCUGCACAAUUCUUGAUGUCUAUAACUGAUUACCUUCCUGUUCCAUUGCACGCACAGAGGCACAUGCCUUUUAUCCUAAGAUACAUAUUUUGUAUGCAUUCUUAUCCUAGAAUAGUUUAUCUUCAGUUUGCCCAAUAAUGAAUGUUCAUGGGGCAGAUUACAAAGUCAAAAGGAUAAAAUACAGUGCAAAUUGCUGAAAAAAUAAAACGGUGCAAAAUGAUAUACAGCUCAGGAACAUUUAAAUACUAAGAGCGAAGAAAAGCAUAAGCCUAAAAAAGCUUGGUCUGUAAAAUGCCUGAGAGGAAAGGGAAGGUUUUUGCCUUGGCAGGGCAUUCCAUAAAUG